AUGUCCGGAACCGACGAAACCUACCAGCUCACCAAGGAGGAUGUGAGGAAGCCAGAGUCGAAAGAGUCCAACGUCCACGGCGGCAACGUCCCAGCCGGCUCAGAAGCAGCAGCUAUGCAGUCCAUUGUCGACAAAGCCGACCAGAACAAGCCCCAAGUCAUCAACGAGCGUCAAGCCAACCUCCCACUCCCAGACCAGCCACCGGGCAAGUCCGACUUCAACAGCGCCGACACGCGAACCGUCAACGUCGGCUCCGGCGGCCAGCCCACCGGCAACUUCUCUUACGGCAACGAUGCGCUGCGUGACCCCGCGACAGGCGACUCGGCUGUUCGUGCAAACCCAGUGAGCGGCAAUGUGCAAGGGCAGGGUGUUGGACGUGAGGGUGCGUCUGGACUCGGUGGAAUCCCCAACGAUGCUGUCGCGAGAGAUGCGAAGGACAAGGCUGGGUUGGAGCAGACGACGGGCAAAGACUAUGGCUACCCGAAGAAGUCUGACCCUGCGGAUACGAAGAAGAUCUGA